AUGCGGUUUGUGGCCUGCUGUUUGCAGGCCGUUGCCGCAUGCGUCGUUGUCGUUUUGUGUCUACAGCUCCAACCACACGGCUGCGACCUAACGGACGCGGCGUCUUUCGUAUCUGUGUACAUAUGUGUUUCUGUAGCUCUCUGCGCAAAAGCACCACGCGCAGCGAGCUUCUUGAGGGCAAAAGUGAGCGAAAGUAGAAGGUCUAGGCGAACAACUUGCACAGCUGCGCUUGCAGCCAGCGGUGGAGCGGCGUCUUCCGCAGAUCUUGCAUCUGGAUCAUUGACUGCGAGCGAAAUUCUGAGAGACAGGUCCGCAAGACGGACAAUGAGCGGGAGACGCUUUUGA